GCGUCAGUAGGUACAGCUUCAGAUAAAGUUUUGGAUAGUUGCAAGUAGUUACUUUAUCAUCAAGAUGGUUAAAUUUGUUGGGUUGGUGCUUUUGGGCUUUGCUGCCUGCCUGGCUGUUGCUAUUCCACCCUCUGAAGAUUCAAAUGAACAUAUUCGAAUUCGAAGACUCUCUAUUGGAUACCAGGGGGGAAGUGAAUACGUGGGUCGUCACGGUGAUCACGUUGAUACAAUCGAGCAAAAUCCUGAUGGUUCUGUGUCGCGAGUUCAUAACAUUCAAGGUGGUGGUCAACUAGGUGGUUCCACAUAUCAAACUUUACAUGGUGAUCAUGUUGAUACAAUCCAACAACGUCCUAAUGGUAUUACGCGAGUUCAUAACAAUGGAGUUGGUUUUGGUGUUUCCAACGGAGGUAGUUUUGGUGUUGCCAAUGGAGGUUUCAAUUCACAACCUCAUUAUCCUAAUUACAAUACUGGUUAUAAUGGUAAUUAUAAUCCUGGACAAAUUAAUGUACCUGGUCAUGGACAUGGGCCACAUCAUCAUCAUCCUGAAGCUACGGCUGAAAUCAUUGAAUUUAGUGUAGAUGAACUUGGUCACGAUGUUGCAACAAAAACAGAAGUGUUUAGUGAUGGACAUGUUCAUAAAAAGACAACACAUAUUUAAUUCAUUGAUAAGAUUUCGACAGUUAUGACACUAAAUAUUAUUCUAGAUUUUUUUUGUCAAAAAUUAUAACAAUUAGCAUGUAGCUUGUAAUAUUUUUUUGGUAUU